UCAUCAGUUAGAGAGCCACGAGGACGCGGCGCAGGGCUGAGCUUCCUUCAAGUACUUCUACCCACAUGUUGCUCCGCUCCGCCGCUAAAACUCCGCCAACGUUUGACUCACUCCGUGGCAGAGUAUCCAGGAUUUCUCCACUUGUCAUUCCACGACACCGACAACUAAGUACAUCCCCCCAAUUCAGCUAAAAUGUCCAAGCUGGACCAGGUCCUAAUCCUCGACCCUCCCUGCGACCUCAGAUUUAAAGGUCCUUUCACAGAUGUAGUCACCGCCAACCUCAAACUGAAGAAUCCUUCUGACAGAAGAGUAUGUUUCAAAGUGAAGACGACAGCACCUCGCAGGUACUGCGUACGGCCAAACAGUGGUGUCAUUGAUCCAGGAGCAGCUGUCAACAUCUCUGUUAUGCUACAACCCUUUGACUAUGACCCCAACGAGAAAAGUAAACACAAAUUUAUGGUGCAGACGAUUUUCACUCCAUCGAACAAUUCUGACAAUGACUCCCUGUGGAAAGACGCAAAACCCGACGAUCUCAUGGAUUCCAAGCUGAGAUGUGUCUUUGAGAUGCCUUCUGAGAACGAAGUGAAUGACGUGGAAGUGACAAGAGCAGCCCCGGUGAUAAACUCUAUGAAGACUGAGCCAACGGUUCCUGCUGCUGCAGCAGACGACACAGAGAUGAAGAAACUGCAGGACAAGUGCAAGAGGCUGCAGGCGGAGAUAAACAAGCUCAACGAUGAGAACAGGCAGCUGAAGGAGGAUACAGUAAGGAUGAGAAAGAUGCCUCCCCGCUCAGACCACAUGACGUCAAACUCAACCAGCGUCGUCGGCCGAGAAACCAGCGCCGCCUUCCUGCCCUCCCUCCUUGUCGUCAUAGCUGCCAUCUUCAUCGGAUUUUUCUUCGGAAAGUUCAUCUUGUAGACUGGUAUCGUGUGUGCCGGCCAUAUCCCUCUGCUCCGGCUCCAAAAAAAAAAAAAAAAAGAAGAAUAAAGGUCUGAAAGAGCAAGAAGUCUUUCUGUUGACUUUGCCAUAUCAUUGGUUGUGUGGCAUACAGUGAACACAUCUGUACAGCAUCAUCCAAAGGUGUCGCCUUUUUACAAUGUCGCACACUUAUUAAACCCAGAGAGUUCACUGAAGAACCCUUACAAAAAAAACAACAUAAAAGCUAUUUCUCUUUUUCUUGUUUUCACAUUUUGUUUAAUGGGUUUACAGGUAAUUUGGUGGGACAAUGGAAAGAUGUUUAUGAUCAGACAAACGGGAUCACAGAAAAACACCGAACCGCUGGGAAGAAACAGAACAGUUCUUGUUCCUUUCUUUCCUUUGUGCAUUUAAUAGGAAUUGAUUGAAUUGCUAGGCAUCUUGUAAAUGUUAUUUUAAAUCCUUUCAGAUAAAAACACGGACAGAACCUUUAUUAAAACCGACUCAUUGCUGGAUUGCCUCCGGAGUAAAUUUGUUUGUAAUUUCUACUUGUUUCUGUUGGAAUGUUCAGAUCCGGCUGGGGAAACGAGUGCCUCGUUCUGUGCAUUUGUCCUGUCGUUCUCCUUCCAGUUCAGAACUAUUAUUAUUAUUAUUCAACACAUUUAUUCCUACUGAGGCAAGUAUUGACUGAAAUGAGAUAAAUUUAUCUCCCAUGGUAUUAAUCAUUGACAAAAUAAAAUCUAAAAAAAUGUG